AUGACUGCCCUUGAAAGAAUUAACGUCAAUGUCCGACUUCUCGCAUGUCUCGUCGAUGGUGACGACACAGACGAAAGCGAUUACCGCUUCCUCGUUGAGGGACAGCACGUGAAGUACGUUACCACGGCCCCAGGCACAUUUAUUGGGGCCGAAGAGGACCGUACUUUCGAACCCAUCCUCCUUGGCGAGCUCUUCCCAUCGUUCCCAGCUGGUGAUUGGAACCAAAGUCACGUAGCGAGGGACCCCGAGACAGAGAAGGCUGUCUUCGUCAGGACUGAGAUUGUACAACUUGCAGGGGUAGAGAAUCUUUGGCAUCCCGUGAAGUUUAAUGAGCUGGAUUUCACACGACAAGACCGAGUGAGGCAACGAGUCCACAUUUCGACGCAUCCCGAGGUCAACGGUGGCAAACCCAUGCUCAUCAAAUUCGCGGUUUGGCCUUGGGAGAUACCUUCUGUCGAGGUCGAGACGGCCGCGUAUCAAUGGAUCAGUGAUACCGGCAUCGGUCCCAAGUUUCUGGGUCAUCUCACCGAGGGCAGAGACGGGCGUGUGGUAGGCUUCGUUACUGAGUGGGUAGAAGGCGCGAGAGCAGCUGGGUCAGCAGAUAUCGACGGCUGCAAGAAGGCUUUGGGUCGGUUGCAUGAGCUGGGAAUUAAGCUUGGUGACAUCAACAAACAUAACUUUCUCGUGAGGGAUGGGCAUGACGUGGUUUUGGUGGAUUUUGAGACGGCAAAGCGAGGAUGUUCGUCUUCCGAGUUGGAGGAAGAGAUGAGCGCCCUCAAGAGCAGUCUUGAAAGUAUGAGUUUCCGGGGUGGAGUGGAAGUCGUUCACGAAUGA